AAUCAGCCGAUAGCCAACGUUCAAAAUGGCACUGUAGAGGACUUCGAGAUAGCGGUCCAAGAAGCACGCAAAGCCUAUGAGCAAUGGUGUGAGGUACCGGCACCACGACGUGGUGAGAUCGUACGACAAAUCGGCGACAGACUCCGUUCUCAACUUCAAAACUUGGGUAAACUGGUUUCCAUGGAAAUGGGAAAAAUCUCAGCUGAAGGCGUAGGGGAAGUCCAGGAAUAUGUUGACAUCUGCGAUUAUGCUACUGGCUUAUCGCGAUCGCUUAACGGACAAAUUCUACCAUCAGAGAGACCAGGACAUGCUCUUCUGGAACAGUGGAAUCCUCUUGACGGGGCUAUAUUGCGAACGCAGGGAAAAAUGUCUUCGGAGCUUGUCCAUCAGCAGGAGGGAUCUGUUUUCGGAAAGACUAUGCUGAAAUAG